AUGGGUUCCGUCAAAUCGAGCGGCGGAGAAGACGCGAGGAGCGUCCCGAUUCUGUUCCUGGACAUUGACGGAGUGCUGAACCGAACCGCGACCGCGCCGCAGAUAAACCUCGAGCAGGACAAGGUGGAUAGGCUCAAGGGUGUGCUGGAGACCUCCGGCGCGGACAUCGUCCUCACCACUUACUGGAGGUGCUUUGAGGAUUACAUCAAAUACGUGCUCAUGAGGAUGGGAGCACAGGGUGAUCGGGUGGUGGGAAGAACACCUGGGGAGCCGCACUUGAUGGACAGCGUGAAGCACGACGACAACGUCAAGUACGCGCGCAUCGUGGAGAUAGAGACCUACCUCACCCACAGGUUCGGUGAGGACAGGAGCGGAUGGCCCAAGUUUGCCGUCGUGGACGAUAAGCAAGUGGUGCCGGCGGGUCACGAUUGGAGCGACCGUUUUGUGAAAACCGAGCCGGAGGUUGGCCUGACGGACGAGCGGGCCGGGGCACUCGCGACGGCACUCAAUUUGGAACCCGCGGAGGUUGCGGCGGCGUGA